AUGAGUUUACGAACAAAAAAGAACAAAUUUGCAAUGGUUUUACCUUCAAAACUCGCCCAAGAUUUAACCGAAACUUCACGUGUACUGAACCUGAAAGAUCCUCAUGUUCGUUCAAUGCUUCUAUCGCUGGGAACACGUACAUUGGCUUUAGUUGGUUCGAUGGUAUUCAGUUAUUUACUCAUCCGUUACGCUAUGAAACAUCUGGAUCCAACUCAUGAAGAGAAAAAACGUCAGAAAGAACUCGCCGAAAUGAUUUCGAAAAAAAUGAACUUACCGAAGGCAAUUGUAAAUAAUUUCAACGAAUACGAAAUGUGUGUUCUCGCAGAUUUGAUCAAUCCCGUCGAUAUUAAAGUCACUUGGCAAGAUAUUGGAGGUUUAGAUGAGAUUAUUGAUAAUAUUCGACAAACUGUCAUUUAUCCAUUACAACAUCCGGAAUUGUUUUCGCGAUCGAAACUAUUAACUUCCCCAAAAGGUGUUCUUCUCUACGGACCACCGGGCUGCGGUAAAACAAUGUUAGCGAAAGCCAUUGCUCGAGAAGCAGGAGCUAACUUUAUCAAUCUUCAAGUAACAUCAUUGUUGGAUAAAUGGUAUGGCGAGUCGCAAAAGCGAACAGCUGCUAUAUUUUCUCUAGCUAGAAAGCUUCAACCCACAAUAAUCUUCAUUGAUGAAAUCGACUCAUUUAUGCGUACACGUCAGAACGAUGAUCACGAAUGUACACGAAUGGUCAAAACACAAUUCAUGACCUUAUGGGAUGGCCUAGAAACAGACGAUGGCGAUCCAACGUUGAAUCGUAUUCUUAUUAUCGGUGCAACUAAUCGUGCGCAAGAUUUAGAUGCAGCCAUUCUUCGCCGCAUGCCGACACGAUACCAUAUUCAAUCACCAAACAUCAUUCAACGCGUUAAAAUCUUUGAAUUGAUCUUAAGUAAUGAAGAUCUUGACACGGAUGUUGAUUUAGAAGAAUUAGCAAAGCAAACAUCCAAUUAUACAGGUAGUGAUAUCAAUGAAAUCUGUCGUCAAGCAGCCAUGCAACGUAUUGUUGAAUUGUGUAACAAUCGGUCAACGACCAAUGAUAAUGAAGAGCAUCUAUCCCAAUUGCGACCUAUCACACGCGCUGAUUUUCUCGAAGCAUUGAGAAAAGUCCACGAUAGUCAUCAUCAACAACAACAACACUCAUUUAACAGAUUAACACUUGAUUAA